ACCUAGCUUUUAGUAUUUUUUUUUAAAUGUCAUGAGAUUUUAUAUUUUUGUAGAUUUUAGUUCAUUAUUAUAAUUUUAACAAUAGCAAUUUUCAGAAAUGCAAUUUUUCCAUAGCAGUAGUGAAAAUUGCGUGUAAUAUGACGUAUUGGUCAAGAAUAACCUUGAAAAUGCCCAUCAUUUUUCGAAGAAGUCCUUGUUUAUGAGCAAAGAAAGAAAAUAAAAAUUACUGAAAUCUAAAACUAUGCAGUAAUUAUUCUAAUGAUGAUGAUAUGAAUCAUCACCUCUAGUUUUAAUUCACUUUUAAGUGAGGAAAAGUAUGCCCACUCAAAAAUUGUUACAUAGAUUCAGUAGAUUCAGUAAGUUAAAAUAAACAAAAUGUAUAUUUUCAUGUUAUCAGAUUUUAGAGAUUAUAAUUUAUUACUUUUUAAUGGGAAGUAACGUUAAAUCACAGGUUAAAGUGUGUCAGGGAGAUUGGCGCAAAUAAUUUCUGUUAAUUCAUAUUUAGCUGUAUGGUUCUAUGUGUAUUUAGUGUUAUGUUAUUCUAUUUUAUUUCAGUCUGUUAAAAUUAUUAAAACAAUGACAUUUAAAGCAUUAUUUAUCAAUUACAAAGAAUAUUAUCAGCUGUGGUUAAUGACCAGAUAAAGAAAAAUAUAUAAUAUAUCUUAGUAAAAUUCAGCUACAGGUUUCAUUUAAUAUGGAUCCAGACACUAGUGGAAGACUAAGCCCAACAGUGUCAUUGCCAAGAGAAAGCAUAGGCUCUGACGCAGAUUAUGAUGAUAAAUUAGGUGUUCCAGAAACAAUAAAAAUUGUAGAUGUAGGGGAUGGUCCUGUAGCCAUUGAAAAUUCAGAUGACGAACUACAAGAUGAGGAUUCUGAAGGUGGUUUACCCUUUACUAAAAUACACAAUUAUAUCAAGUUUAAAUCUUUAAACAGGCUUGUUUUUGUUCCUGGUGAGGAUGUUAUUGUGAAUUUAGUUGAUUAUGAAAGACACCUAACAACUCAUAUGAUAAAUCCUAAUUUAUACACCUUAUCAGUCACGCAUGCAGGAUUCAAUUGGAGAAUCAAAAAAAGGUACAAAGAUGUGCAAAAUUUGCAUCAGGAGUUGGUAUUAUUUAAGACAAGUUUGAAUAUACCGUUUCCUAGUAAAACACACAAAAAUAAAAUUAAGAGCUUUAAAGAAAACGUUCCAAUAAAUAAAAAAGGCAAAAGGAAGGGGGCAUUACCAAGAUUUCCAAAAAAACCUGAGUUAUUAGUAUCAUUUGAAAAAAUCCCAAACCGAAUGAAACAGAUCGAAGAUUAUUUAAACAAUUUACUGUCCAUUCCGAUUUAUAAAAAUCAUCCAGCAACGUUGAAUUUUUUCGAGAUUAGUCAUCUGUCUUUUAUUAAAGAUCUUGGAUUAAAGGGGAAAGAAGGACUUUUGAAAAAAAAGUCUGGAAGUACAAAUCCAGGUCAAUCAGGGUGUAAUAUUUUCGGUUGUUAUAAUUGUUUGUGCUGUCUCAGGUGUCAGCAUUAUUGCAGAAAUUUUAUAUGCUCUCGCUGGAUUCAAAGAUGGUUCUUUCUAAAAGAUUCCUGUUUCGGUUACAUAAAUCCCAAAACCGGGCAUAUCAGUUCAGUUAUAUUGUAUGACCAAGGGUUUGAGGUGGCUACGGGCAUGUAUUCCAUGCCUCUAGACACCGGUUUCCAAGUACAGACCCUGGGUCGGUCUUUAACCUUCAAAUGUCACACAAGAAGAACAAGCAAAGAAUGGGUAGAAUAUUUAAAGCAAGUGGCAGAGACUACAGCGAGAGAUUUCAUACAACCAAAUCCACAUCGUUCGUUUGCUCCCAUCAGAAACAACACCAGCGCCACCUGGUUUGUUGACGGUUCUUCCUACAUGUCCAGCGUGGCGGAUUUGUUGGAGCAAGCUAAGGAAGAAAUCUACAUUACCGACUGGUGGCUCAGUCCCCAGAUUUACUUGAAAAGACCCGCUAUCAGCGGUGAUUAUUGGCGCUUGGAUAAACUACUUCAAAGAAAAGCCGAAAGCGGUGUUAAAGUUUACAUUUUGUUAUACAAAGAAGUAGAACUAGCCCUGGGACUAAACAGUUUUUAUAGCAAGCAAACUUUACAAGAUCUACAUAAAAACAUCAAAGUAUUGAGACAUCCCGAUCACGCGAAAGUUGGUGUUUUCUUGUGGGCUCAUCAUGAGAAAAUCGUUGUUAUAGAUCAAACAUACGCGUUUGUUGGUGGAAUUGAUUUGUGCUAUGGAAGAUGGGACGAUGAGAAUCAUAGAUUGACAGAUCUGGGUAGUAUGACACCCGCCGUUGACGUUUCGACAUUAAGAAAAAGAACAUCUAGCAGAACGGCAGGAGACAUUAUUUACCCUAUACCAGUUCCGUAUUAUAAAAGAUCACCUUUACCCACACACGAAGAAUCUCAGAAUGUAGUUAUGGAGCAAGCACCUAAUCCUGACGAUCUGCCAAAACUAAACCCUGGUGAUCAAUUGUUGAUGCCUCACAACACAUCUAUUAAACCCAAUACUCCCGAUGCAGAAAGAAAAAAUAUUUUCGGUGAUAUCAAAGAUAAAGUUAAAUCUAAAGGCAAAGAGCUAAUCAAUUUAGUAUAUACUGCCAGUGAAGACGAAGUAUUUACAUCCGAAGACGAGCUGGAAAAUGACGAUAAAAGUGGAAAAAUUAAUUUGGAAACUCCAGAACAGUUCAUCGAUGCUCUAAACGGUUCCGCAAAAUUUUGGGUUGGAAAGGACUACGUUAAUUUUAUUGUGAAAGAUUUUACGAAUUUGGAUUCGCCAUUUGAUGAUUUUAUCGAUAGGGUUACGACUCCUAGAAUGCCAUGGCAUGAUAUAGCGGUAUGUUUGUAUGGUCCAGCUGCUAGAGAUGUCGGCAGACACUUCAUUCAAAGAUGGAACGCUACAAAAUUGGAAAAAGCUAAAAGUAACUCGGCCUAUCCAUACUUAUUGCCUAAAUCUUACAACGACUUUAAAACACUGCCCAUUACUUUCCCAAAUAAGACAUACAAUGUGACAUGUCAGGUCCUGAGAAGUAUAAGUACCUGGUCAGGCGGUUUUCUUGAGCCAGAUUAUGUUGAGCAAAGCAUUCACGAAGCUUACAUAGAGACAAUAACCAGGGCCCAACAUUAUGUGUACAUCGAAAAUCAGUUUUUCAUUACUCUAGCCUACAACAAUCUCAACACUAAAAACCAAAUCGGCGAAGCUUUGUAUAAGAGAAUUAUCAGAGCAUACAAAGAAAAGGCAACAUUUAGGGUGUAUGUAGUAAUGCCUCUGUUGCCCGGUUUUGAAGGAGAGGUAGGUGGCGCUACAGGCACUUCUCUACAUGCCAUCACUCAUUGGAACUACGCCUCUAUAUCAAGUGGUCGUGACGCGAUUUUGAACAGACUCAAAGAUGCUGGCAUCGAAGAUCCCUCAGAGUACAUUUCCUUCUACGGUUUAAGGAAUCACUCCAGAUUGAAUUCGGAACCUAUCACAGAACUGAUCUAUGUCCAUUCUAAGCUGAUGAUAGUAGACGACAAGAUAGUAAUCUGUGGAUCGGCCAACAUAAAUGACAGGUCAAUGAUAGGAAAACGAGAUUCAGAAGUAGCGGUUAUUAUAGAGGAUGAAGCUUUUGAAGAUGGUAUUAUGAACGGCAAUCCUUAUCCUUGUGGACUGUAUGCUGGUAGCUUGAGAAAAUACCUUUUCAAGGAACAUCUAGGACUGUUUGACGAUGAUAAUGAUACUGUUGACUUCGACGUAGCUGAUCCAAUAAGUGAUUAUUUUUACAGGGAGGGAUGGUACAAAAUAGCCAGUCUAAAUACUGAACUCUAUGAGAAAGUUUUCCACGUCAUACCCUCCGAUUCCGUAGAGACUUUCCAAGAUUUGAGGAGGAACAAUGAAAUAAAGCCACUCUGGGUGGACGAACUAUCCAGAGCAGAGAAAAUGCUGGAAGAUAUUCGGGGACAUCUUGUGUUUCUUCCUCUCAAUUUCCUAAGCAAGGAAAAUCUUACGCCAGCUGCAGCUUCUGUAGAAGGUAUAAUGCCAACAUCUCUAUGGACUUAAAAAAUAGUCUUUUUUUUUGUAAAAACAGUCUUAUUUAUUAACAUUCUUAUUUAUUAAGCAAUAUUUUCUUGUAUUUUGAAAAAAAAAACUUGUCCUGAUUGAUAUUUACCACAGACUAACCUAAACAGAUGCGACAAACAAUGCAAAUGUGAAAAUUACAUUUUGGCGAAUGCGCAAGGCAAAUUUUUCCGUUAGAUUUGUCAUAUAGGCGAAUUUUACAGCGGACCAGCAAAGUAACCUCCAUCCGUUUACUAAGAAGCCACGCCUCCUUUGUGUAGA